GAUAAUCGCCCACACCACCAUUUCCCACUUUCCACGCACACACCACCGUCUGCGACGCGACACCUCUCCCUCCACAAUCUCAUCUUUUCUUCCUCCACCCACCAUCGUUGACAAGAUUCAAGAACAAGAACCAAGAAACAAGAUUCAAGAACAAGAAACAAGAAUCAAGAACAAGAGAGCAAUCACAGAAGCUCUCUGCCAUGGCGUUUUCGUUGAUGCUGCCGCCGUCACCCGCCCUCCACCUCGCGAGGAAGCCCCUCGGCGUCAGACCCACGAUGCCAAUCCGCUGCUUCGCGUCCGCCGCCGUCCCGACGCAGUCGCCGAAGCCGAAGCCGUUCGAUCUGAGGACGUACUGGGCGACCCUGAUCGCGGAGAUCAACCAGAAGCUGGACGAGGCGAUCCCGGUCCAGUACCCGGCGCGGAUCUACGAGGCCAUGAGGUACUCCGUCCUGGCAGAGGGUGCCAAGCGCGCGCCGCCCGUGAUGUGCGUCACGGCCUGCGAGCUCUUCGGCGGCGACCGCCUCGCCGCGUUCCCCACCGCCUGUGCUCUUGAGAUGGUUCAUGCAGCUUCACUCAUACACGACGAUCUCCCCUGCAUGGACGAUGAUCCAUCGCGCAGGGGCCAGCCAUCGAACCACACCGUAUACGGUGUUGACAUGGCAAUCCUAGCAGGAGAUGCGCUGUUUCCUCUUGGUUUCCGUCACAUAGUCUCGCAGACACCCUCUGACCUCGUGCCAGAGCCUCGCCUCCUCCGAGUGAUAGCGGAGAUUGCCCGAUCUGUGGGAUCCACUGGCAUGGCUGCUGGGCAGUUCUUGGAUCUUGAAGGUGGUCCAAACUCAGUUGACUUUGUUCAAGAGAAGAAAUUUGGAGAAAUGGCAGAGUGUUCUGCAGUUUGUGGAGGGUUACUAGGAGGUGCCGAAGAUGAGGAGAUAAGAAGAUUGAGGAGAUAUGGAAGAGCUGUUGGAGUACUAUAUCAGGUAGUAGAGGACAUACUCAAAGAGAAAACGAAGAGUGGAACGAUCGAUGAGGAGAAAAACAAGAAAGAAGGGAAGAGUUACGUGCGGUUAUAUGGGAUUGAGAAGGCUUUGGAGGUUGCUGAGGAGCUUAAGGACAAGGCUAGGAAGGAACUUGGCGCUUUUGAGAAAUACGGUGACAGAGUCGCACCUCUCUACAGUUUUGUUGAUUAUGCUGCCGAAAGGGGAUUUACUUUUGGCGGUUCCAGUUGAUGUCGGGUUUAUGGGCCAAUGUUAGAUUUGAGGGUUUCUCACUGAACUACGUAAUAUUGCCCGGUGAUUGAUGUUUUGACAAAGUGAUGCGCCACCGAGUGCUACCUUCCGACGUAUUCGACCACAUGAGUGUAGGGUUGCUAUGUCAAGCACCAAGGAGCGAGUUCUGUUCUGUCACGGGGCUAUGGCUGGAGAUAUUCGGUUGUUUGGUGAGUUGCUACUCAAACGGUUACAGUUUCAUUUCUGCAGUUUAUGUAAUCUGAGAAGAGAGGUAUGCUUUAUCAUGAAGUUCUAAGAUUCUCUUCCAGAAUUUAGUAUUCCCACAGUUAGAUGGUUGGUUAAUGUUGAUGUGUAUGUAGCUUUUAGUUAGAGGGUACUUGGAACAAAUCUGAUUGGCCCAUUUCAUGGGUGUUUGGAAGUGGUUUCGGCAAA